CGUCGGAGCAGAGCUCAGCCACCGUGAACCACCGUGAGCCUGCAAGCCAUGGGCGCGGCCUGCUCGACCGAAGGGCGCGAUGAGGCAGAGGCUGCGCAAGCUGCGGCGGGCAAGGGCAGAGAGGGCAGAGAGGGCAGAGGAGCACCAAGAGAAGCUCACACCGUAAGGCACUGGCACGAGAAGAUGAUGAUGUCAGCAGCGUCUCAAGCCGUGUUUGAGGCUGCUCAGCGGGGUGACUCUCAUAAAGUUCACACAGCGUUGAAGGCGCAUGGCGACCCGAACUGCGUGAACUUUGCUGGAUACAACGCCUUGAUGCUUUCGGUGGCAGGUGGCUAUAUUGAGGUCGUAGCCAUGUUACUCCAGGCCAGCGCUGACCCGAAUCGAGGAAUUUCAGGAGUGGCACCCUUGAUGAUUGCGGCAGCAUCUGGCCAGCUGGAGGUGUCUCGAAUGCUGAUCAAUUGUGGUGCUGCAGCGACCGGAGCCUGCGAAGCGAUGGGCAGGACUGCUCUUCAUCGGGCAGCAGAGCGAGGCCAUGCAGAGAUCGUCCGUUUGCUGGUCCAGGCCGGCGCUUCUGUGGAUAUUGGUGACUUUGAGGAAAAUACUGCCUUGAUGUUUGCUGCUUUAGAGGGCCACCCUGACGUGCUCAAGGUGCUUCUGUGCGCCGGCGCGUCAGUUUCACUGGCGAACAACGCUGGUGAGUCGGCCUUGAGUCUUUGCGUCAAGAGUGCGCAUGAGGCAUGUUUGGAGACGAUGUUGCGAGCUGGCGCCCCUGUGAACACUGCAAACAGAGCCACAGGGAACACUGCCUUGGCAGAAGCAGCCAAAGUGGGUAGCGAGGCACUAUGCCGCCGAAUCAUACAAUAUCAGGCCAACGUGAAUUGCUCCAAUUCUCGGUCACGCCCUGAAUAGAUUUUUGCAACCGAGUCCUUGCUUCUAGUAGUUUCUUGUUCCUAGUAGUAAGGCCAGG